AUGGCAUCCCCUACAUAUCCUGCCGUCGUUCUCGAUGAUGAUGCAGGAACUGCUACAUAUCAAAGCCUUGACCAUGUUGAUGAAGCACUUUACAACAGUUUCCAUUUUGUGUACCAAAGAGCUGUUUUCCAGAAGCUUGUCGCACUACGCCUAGCAGAGGGUAUUGUUUUCACUAAUGGAAAUGAUAUACAAGUAUUGUGGGAUAAAAAACCAAGCAGUUUCAUGAAAAAGUGGAAGAAGAAGUCCAGUCGCCAUAGACCAGUGGAAGAUGCGGAGCCGCCAGUAGUUCCGGCAGUCCCAGCUCCAGCAGUCGUAGCUCCCACGACUGCUCCAAGUAUUCGGAAUCAGACAAUAGGAGAUCUCAAACAGGCACACGCGCCCACACAUCAAGAUCAAGCAAACGCAGCUGCGACACCUCAAGGCCCUGACAGUCCAGAGACCCUUGCUGCUGGGUCGCCCGUAUAUGUCUUAGAAAAUAGUACACAUUGGCUCUCGCCAACCAGAGGCGAGCGCGAAUUCGUCCGGUCUAGUCUUGGAAACAGAGGCUGGAAAUUUGUCAAGGUCUUGGAUCAGAGAGCGCUUGAUAAAGACAGAAAAAGAACCGAUCGAGCACUACAUCCGUACAAAAACUUCCUUCUAUAUGUCCGCCCAAACGAAUAUGGAAACAUCGAAGAUUACGCAGCAUACGGAGACCUCGAUGCAACGAUACAGGCACAUGCUGCAAGGGAGAUACCUGUCCCUGAACACUUCAUCUGGUACCUCAUCAGCCAGAUGAUCGAGGCUAUAUCGGCAUUCCAGGAAGGGUUUUGCGAACACCCACAUCCUGAAAUCACGGGUGCUGCCAUUCAUGAGCCAGAGCCACCUCUAGACUCAAAUAGGUGGGAUCCACUUCUGCACUCAGACAUCAAACAUCAUAACAUCUUCUGUUGCGAUGACAAUACAAUUUAUCCCAGUUAUCCUCGACCCGUGCUGGCAGACUUCGAUAUAGUGCAGUCAAGUUCCAAUAUAUCUAGACACUCUGGAACCCCGGGUUGGCAAGCCCCUGAAAGAUACACCAAUGCUGCAGAUUACGCAAACUACCGGCCAAAUGAUUGGGAUGUCACGGUCAAGGCCGAAAUCUGGGCAGUCGGCGUUGUCGCAUACAGGCUCUUGUGGGCAGGAAAAGGAACAGAUGCGGUGAUUAAACAAAAAGAUGACAUUAUGCAAGAAACCGAGGCAUGGCAGACGCGGUUUGGUAAACCCAAGCUUCCCAAGGAUUUCGGAGGACUUUAUGAUGAUUUCCAAGAGCCACCAGACAUAUACAGUUCGGGGUUAGUGCAUCUCGUCCAGAGAUGUCUGAAUUACAGGCCUGAAAAUCGACCAGGGCUUCCUGAGAUGAAGAACAUAGUCGACGCUAAGCUCAGGAGGUUGGACUUAUUGUAUGGCGAUGAGAUCAAGAAAGUGAAGGAAGCAAUCGCCGAGCCCCAUAAAGUCUGGUCUAGCGCCGUCGGCGAGCCUGCAAAACGUUUCGCCAUUGGUAGUAGAUACGAUCCACCUCGAAAACGACGAAGGGUCAAUCUUGAUGACAGUAACUCGUUGGCAUACCAAGCGAUUGUCGAUGAUUGGGUCGUUACCAUGUCUUCCCCUCAGCCCAGUCUCGCUUCUCAGGCAAAGAUCGUUGAUGCCAUGAUGAACUCCGCAGACAAGUCCGACAACGACGAUAUCCGUUUCCUCAUGGACGACGACAACUUACGGCACUCUUUCCACUAUCUUAUUUCCUGUCUCAGCACCCGAGUAGCUCCAGAUGCGCCCGUACAUUACGUCAAAGACUGGGGAGAAGAGGUGCAGGAAACUUUCAUGUCUGUGCAAGACAGCUUGAGACGUGGGUACGAAGACUGGGCACCGGUACCGCAAAGGGUACUUCCACUAAUUGUCCAGAUGAUCCCAGAGUUCAGGGACAAUCGUGCGUAUCAUGACCUCCAAGAAGCAAUAAACGUUCUAGAACAUGCCGUGAAAUGGAGCCUAGCUCUGCUGCAAUACGAUGCAGAACCCAGAACGCCACUGUUGGAGAAAAAGACUGAGAUGCAUAGAGGGUUUCGAGACUGGAUCUUUAUACAUCCGCAUCCUGCUGAAUGA